CAUUUGAAGCAAGGAAGUAAAAAGGACUUACAAUGUCCAGGUAACUACCUCAGAGCAGCACAGAACUUGAAGAAGAGGAAGAGAGAAAGCAGAGAGGAGCCAAAGGAAAGAGACAUAAUGAUGUCAGCCAAGCCAACAACCCACCCUAGACCCUACGAAGCCACACAUAAUCCUUACCUAGCAAGCAACUCUCUGGCCUCUGGGCCUCAACCACUUCCGAGUUUCAUCAGCCUAGGAAACCAAGCUCAGAGUGGCCAGCCUCACGUCAUCACUUCUCCAGGAAUCUUCGCUAACAGUCCACAGGGGCAAGGAAAUGUACAAAUCAUAACUCCAGCUAUAGGAACAACAACCACAAACUUUAAAGAAGAAAUGAAAAUACUAGGGGCGAUCCAGAUCGUGACUGGACUGACGCACAUUGGUUUCGGAAUUAUUUUGGGUUUAAUGAACGUCAUUUACGCAUCUGUUUUGGGUUUUGCUUCUUUAACUUUCAUUAGCGGAUAUCCAUUCUGGGGCGGCCUUUCUUUCAUUAUUACUGGUGCUCUCUCUAUUUCGGCAUCCAGGAACUUUUCCCUUUGUAUGAUAAAAGGCAGCCUAGGAAUGAAUAUUGUUAGUGCUAUUUUCUCCUUCCUUGGAAUGAUUCUGUUUCUGGUGGACGUGAGCAUCAAUGGGCAACCCAACCAAGACUAUUGGGCAGUUCUUUCUGGAAAAGGAAUUUCAGCCAUGCUGAUUAUCUUCUCUCUCGCGGAGUUCUCCAUAACUUGUACCACAGCCCAUUUUGCCAGUCAACUAGUCGCCAACACCACUGGGUCUGUUCUGGUGCAUUUAAAUAGUCCCUUAACACAAGGAGGACUGUUUAGCGACUCUUCCCUAGCUCCUCCCAGACAUGAUGGCCACCCACCUAAUGCCAUCAAGUAUUAAAAGAAAACGGAGCAUCAUGCAAUCUCGUGGGGUAAAACUACUCGACAGAACGUUCCUAAGAAGCUGGCCUCUAAUAGCCACAAUGAUUGUUAAUCUUUAAAGACUGUGUUGAGAUUCAUUCUUAGAUUGUCACUAAUGAUAAAUGUAUGUACCUCCCUGCCACUGUGUCUCCCUACAUGCCACCACUACACACUGCUACAUGUGAAGGACCAGAGGACCCACAAUAACUCUGCAACAAUCUUAAAGUUAGAAAAUUUCCUGUUAAUGUUCACCUUGCCUCAAUAAAAUAUUACUAGGAACAUA